AUGUCAUGUCACGUCAUGUCGCGUGGAAUGACUGGGGAAGAUGACAUCAUUUUCGACGUGGCGGCAAUAGAGGCCAAAAAGAAAAAGAAGGAGCCGCGGAAUUAUUUGACCGACGGCACAUUAGAGAGGAUGGAGAGGGGCGAGUCGGUAGCGAGUAGAGCGGGGGAAGGCAAUGACGACGAGGAGGCGGAGGAGGAGGAGGGGAACGAUGGCCGCAGCGAUCCGAGGCGUGUGAAGGAAGGCAACAAGUCGCUUUUUUCCCGCAUUCGACAUCGUCUGCAGCCACACCGCUGCGCUGAGAAGGACCCAUCCAACACGUUUAGUGCUGACGUGCGUGGCGUCACGGUCCAUGCGUCGGUGCCACGCCUGUUGACAGCCGACAUGCUGGCGGGGUUAUGUAUUCAGGAGGCAUCCGUCCCUUUCGCCACGGUCUUUUACAGCCCAGAGGGUUUUGUUGUCAAGUACGCCGUCGUACUGCGGCUCAGCGACGGCAGACGAUUGGUUGCAGACCGCCGAUACAGCGACCUCCUCUCUUUGCACCAUGUCAUGAAGAAAAUACAUUUCAACAGCGCCAGACGCUCAUUCGUCGGGCAUGUCGCACAAUCGACAUCUGUCCCGCCGUUCCCGCACUUCCCGGGCCGUGGCAUCAUGCGGGGGAGUAAAUAUCCGACCAUCACGUUUCUUCUGCAGCGGCGACGUGAACUGGACGAGUACUUCCGCGUGUUGACAUGUGAAUCGCCUGCGGGUGUGCAGGAGUGCCUCACGUCCUUUGCAGCCCGCGAACUGUUGAUACGUUUUUGCAUGCCCACUUCAAGGCGAUGUGGAACGGACGACGGGGCGGCGGAGGAGCCUCAUGAGGGGGAUGCUGGCGACAGGAGGAAAAAGAAGGGCGGCAGUCGCAAGGACAAGGGAGGGAUGAAAGGGACGCUGCCGAUAUCAACACAUGCAACUUCUUUCUGCCUUCUUGAUGAUGGGUUUGACUGGAAUGCGCUACUGGGAUCCGUGAAGGCUACAGGAACAUCAUCUUUAUUAUUAUUCCCAUCAUCAUCAUCUUUAUCGUUAGAAAAUCGGCAAGCUGCCACCAUGAAGCCUAAAUGCACAUUGACAUCUUCUUCUGCCAUGUCUUUUGAGGUCAAUGAGGGGGUCUUGCAGAUGAACUUGGGUGAUUUCUCUGCGUUAAGGCGAGUGCUGGAGCCCCGAUUGGAGUGCACAGACAACAAUGAUAACAACGACAGCAGCGGUACCAGGAGGGAAGAUGAGCAUGUCGCACAUGCAGGAAUGAUGAGUUUCUUUAAUGCCCCUCAACGUGCCUCUGUGUGUAGAAAUCCGAGAUGGAUUCAGGACGCGUACGGCGUACGGACGUCCACGACGGAGGACCCAAACACGACGAUGCUUCCGUGCAUGAGCGCCAUACCGACACUUCUCUUUGCGACCUCCCACGCAAAGAUGUACUUUGACGCCAUGAAUCCCCACCGCCUGCGGGUGGUGGUGAUGUGCGGUGAGGGACAUGAGUGCAUCACAGAGGUCAUGCGUCGCCGUGAUGCGUUGGUUGCCUUCUACACAGUUGUCGCAGGCCGCCACAAUGUAGACAUUUUGCCGUCAGCGGAGGAAGCAGGCUACCUCUUAAGUGGGUACAGAAGGCAUAAGCGGUGGGGGGAUCUUCUGCGGAUGAAAAUGUUGGGGGUGAAGAGCCCGCGGUGUCAUUUGACGCCUCGCACGUCUUCAUCGAAGAAUUCAUCAUCGGCACCGUCCUUGUCGGUUGCGGCGGCACCACUCAGCCUGGCAGCGGAGGCAAAGUGCCACAGGGACGCGGCAGCCGACACGGCCGGCACGAAACCCUCCACACGUACCGAAAAGAGAGACGGGGCCGAGGGCGAUGAGCCUGCGACGGGGCAGGCGUUGAGCCAAAAUUCUCCCUCUCAUGAUCGCCCUGAGGACACGAAACACAAAUGUCCGGAACCUCUUCACACCGAAAGGGACGUCAGUGAGUUGCCUGCUGCCGCUGAUGAUGAUGAUGGUAACAAUGGGGUGGACGCGGUGGUGCGUGUGCCGUCAUGUUCGUCUUCCUCAUCAUCGUCUUCUCCACUGCAGCCAAUUCUCUCCGCAUCGCCGCCGGUGUUUUCGGAGGAGGACGUCCGGCCCGAACCGCCCACCGCGGAGCCGAUAGACGGCGUUGACGAACACAAGCAGCAGCAGCAGCCACCACCACCGCUGCACGCCGAAAGUGCCUUCCCCACAGCAGCAGCAGCAAUGACGACGACGCCGGAGAUGUCUGCGGCUCCCGCGGGGGAUUCAAUUGAGGGGCAUACGUAUCCACAAAACCCUUUGUGCUGGAAUUCGGUGCAUUUGGUGGCCAUUGCGGGAGAGGAGGAAAACGUGGAGCCGGCGCCGUACUGCACAUGUACGUGCACGAAAUUCUGCCAGCGCUACAGAUCUUUACACGAAGUAGAAAAUGUUGGCGAAACCCGCCUCGUGGCCAUCGCCGGAAGCGUGGAUGCCCACAACGUGAGCCAGCAGAGGGGUGGCGAUGGGAGGCAAAUGGUUCAGUCUACACCAGGUGGCAUGGUACUGACCGACAUGUACAAGACGGCAUGCGGCUACACCAUCUACAUUCAACCGCCAAUGAACCCCUGA